GUUCACUGCGGCGUCUUGGCGUUCGCGCGUUAGAUCAAUACCUAUCAACUCGUAGAAGUCAACAACCCCACGACAGUGUCGGAAAGGCUGUACAAUGAGCUGAUGAACUGAGCCAAUAAAAUGCCUCGGAAAUUAUUUAUCAGAAAGUACGAGGCUUAUCGCCAGCGAGUCAAUACCAACCCAUAAACCACCUCUAGAAAUUCCCUGCUUUUCUCACACCAACUUAGUUGCAAGCUCAAUAAACCAUACAAAGCGGCUUGAGGAAACAGUCGGCACAACCAGCUGGACCGAAGCGCUAGCCAAAGCCAUCCUCCACGGCCUCGAGAAUGCCAUCAACGCCGGCACCCACAUGGCCGAAACAGCGGCUAACGCACUUGCUCGAGCUAAGGCCGAAGCCUUUGAGUUCGCACAUGACCAUCCUAUCUUCGUUACGAUCCUUGCUCUGGGUGUCUUGGCUGUCUUGACGCCGUGGGUGAUUGAGAUACUUGGGUUUGGAGAGUUGGGACCUAUUGAGGGUUCAUUUGCAGCCUCUUGGCAGAGAAUUUAUGCUGGAUACGUGCCGAAGGGGUCGCUGUUCUCUUCCUUCCAGCGGUUAGGCAUGAUUUGGAAGCAUUAGAGCCUGCAGGGUUAGGAUAAGAGGCUGUGUGUAUGUGGCUAGAUAGCGUGGAGAACGAAUGUCC